UUGGCUCAGCCGGCGCCGGUUGGUGGCCUAAAGCGGGAUUUGAUUGUGCCAACGGUGCGGCCGGCGGUGCAGUCCCCGGGGUGGAGGGGACCGGCGGUGGGCGGGGCGGGCCACCCCCCGAUCCGGAGCCGCCGGUGGCAGCAGCAGGGACGAUGAGGAAGAGGACUUAGAAACUGGCCUACAGGAGGGACGCUCCCUCAGGCGCGGAAUGCCAUGUUAAUUCUGGGGCAUUGAUGUUUUACAAUGCCUGAUCAAGACAAAAAGGCGAAGACCACAGAAAAAUCAACUGAUAAAAAACAACAAGGAGUCACCACCAGGGACUAUUCAGAUCUUAAAAGACUUCGUUGCCUUUUGAACGUUCAAUCAAGCAAACAACAGCUUCCAGCCAUUAACUUCGAUAGUGCCCAAAAUAGCAUGACGAAGUCUGAGCCUGCCAUCAAGGUGGGUGGACACAGAACCCGAGGUCAGUGGCAUGAGUCCACAGAAGCUGUUGAACUUGAAAAUUUUAGUAUAAACUACAAGAAUGAGAGAAACUUCAGUAAACAUCCGCAGCAUAAACUGUUUCAGGAGAUCUUUACAGCCUUGGUGAAAAAUAGACUCAUAUGCAGAGAGUGGGUUAAUCGAGCCCCAUCUAUUCACUUUCUGAGAGUAUUAAUCUGUCUGAGACUACUAAUGAGGGAUCCAUGUUAUCAGGAGAUACUCCAUAGCUUGGGCGGGAUUGAAAACCUAGCGCAGUACAUGGAGAUCGUGGCCAAUGAGUAUCUCGGCUAUGGGGAAGACCAGCACAGUGUGGACAAGCUGGUCAAUAUGACAUAUAUUUUUCAAAAACUUGCUGCUGUCAAAGACCAAAGAGAAUGGGUCACCACAAGUGGAGCCCACAAGACAUUAGUAAAUUUACUUGGUGCCCGAGAUACUAAUGUUUUGCUGGGUGCCCUUCUGGCUCUGGCUAGUUUAGCUGAAAGUCCAGAAUGUAGGGAGAAGAUAAGUGAACUCAACAUUGUAGAAAAUCUGCUGAUGAUUUUACAUGAAUAUGACUUGCUUUCCAAAAGAUUAACCGCAGAGUUACUGCGCCUACUUUGUGCCGAACCCCAGGUAAAGGAGCAGGUGAAGCUCUAUGAGGGGGUACCCGUCCUCCUCAGCCUGCUCCACUCGGACCACCUGAAGCUGCUCUGGAGUGUUGUCUGGAUUCUGGUUCAGGUUUGUGAGGACCCUGAGACCAGUGUGGAAAUUCGCAUUUGGGGAGGCAUCAAGCAGCUUCUUCAUAUUUUACGAGGAGACAGAAAUUUUGUUUCUGAUCGUUCUUCCAUCGGCAGCCUGUCGAGUGCAAAUGCGGCAGGCAGAAUCCAGCAGCUUCAUUUGUCAGAAGACCUAAGCCCUCGGGAAAUACAAGAAAAUACUUUUUCUCUUCAAGCAGCCUGCUGUGCUGCCCUCACCGAGCUGGUGCUGAACGACACCAACGCCCAUCAGGUGGUCCAGGAAAAUGGUAUAUAUACAAUAGCAAAGUUAAUUUUACCAAACAAACAAAAGAAUGCAGCAAAAACUAAUCUGUUACAGUGUUACGCGUUCAGAGCAUUGAGGUUUCUAUUCAGUAUGGAAAGAAACAGACCACUCUUUAAAAGGCUUUUUCCCACCGACCUGUUUGAGAUCUUCAUCGAUAUAGGACAUUAUGUUCGUGAUAUCAGUGCUUAUGAAGAAUUGGUAUCCAAGUUGAAUUUGUUAGUGGAUGAUGAACUGAAGCAAAUUGCUGAAAAUAUUGAAAGCAUCAAUCAGAAUAAAGCUCCUUUGAAAUACAUAGGCAACUAUGCAGUUCUGGAUCAUCUUGGAAGUGGGGCUUUCGGCUGUGUUUACAAGGUUAGAAAGCGUAGUGGUCAAAAUCUUUUGGCAAUGAAAGAGGUCAAUUUACAUAACCCAGCAUUUGGAAAGGAUAAAAAAGAUCGAGACAGCAGUGUAAAGAAUAUUGUUUCUGAAUUAACCAUAAUUAAAGAGCAGCUCUAUCAUCCCAAUGUUGUACGCUAUUACAAAACAUUUCUGGAAAAUGAUAGGUUGUAUAUAGUUAUGGAGCUGAUAGAAGGGGCCCCUCUUGGAGAGCAUUUCAGUUCUUUGAAGGAAAAACAGCAUCAUUUUAUUGAAGAAAGACUAUGGAAAAUAUUUAUACAGCUGUGCUUAGCUCUUCGGUACUUACACAAGGAAAAGAGGAUUGUCCACAGAGAUCUAACGCCAAACAACAUUAUGUUGGGGGAUAAGGACAAAGUAACAGUGACUGACUUUGGGCUGGCAAAGCAAAAACAAGAAAACAGUAAACUAACAUCUGUUGUUGGAACAAUCCUGUAUUCCUGCCCUGAGGUACUGAAGAGCGAGCCGUAUGGGGAGAAGGCUGAUGUCUGGGCGGCAGGCUGCAUCCUUUAUCAGAUGGCAACUCUGAAUCCUCCCUUCUACAGCACCAACAUGCUCUCCCUGGCUACAAAAAUAGUGCAGGCGGUAUAUGAACCAGUGCCAGAAGGCACCUACUCUGAGAAAGUGACAGAUACCAUCAGCAGGUGCCUCACUCCUGAUGCAGAAGCCCGCCCAGAUAUUGUAGAAGUCAGCUCGAUGAUAUCAGAUGUCAUGAUGAAGUAUUUAGACAACUUAUCUACAUCCCAGCUGGCUUUGGAGAAGAAGCUGGAACGGGAACGGAAGCGCACGCAGAGGUACUUUAUGGAAGCCAAUCGGAAUGCUGUCACAUGUCACCAGGAGCUGGCUCUGUUAUCUCAUGACACCUUUGAGAAGGCAAGCUUGAGUAGCAGUAGCAGUGGAGGCACCAGCCUGAAGAGCGAACUUUCAGAAAGCGUGGACCUGCCCCCCGAGGGCUUCCAGGCCCCCUGCGGGAAGGAUGAAGACAGGGCCUGUGAUGAAAUCCUGUCCGAGGAGACCUUCAACUUGGAAAAUAUUGACAAAGACAUGUACUCAGAGCUAGAUGAGGAAUUGGACAUUUCGGACAACUCCAGCAGCUCCAGUUCGAGCCCUGUGAAAGAAUCUACAUUCAGCAUUUUAAAGAGAAGUUUUAGUGCUUCGGGAGGAGAAAGACAAUCCCAAACAAGGGACUUCACUGGUGGAAUAGGAUCCAGACCAAGACCAGCUUUGCUGCCUCUUGACCUGCUUCUGAAAGUACCACCCCUCAUGCUCAGGGCCCACGUUAAGGAGCUAGAGGCCGAGUUAGUGACGGGGUGGCAGUCCCAUAGCCUUCCCGCUGUGAUUCUUCGCAAUCUCAGAGAUCAUGGGCCACAGAUGAGCACAUUCUUGUGGCAAGCAUCUGCAGGGAUUGCUGUGUCCCAGAGGAAAGUACGACAGAUCAGUGAUCCUAUUCAGCAGAUCUUAAUUCAGCUGCACAAAAUCAUCUACAUCACACAGCUUCCUCCAGCUUUGCACCACAAUUUGAAAAGAAGGGUUAUAGAGAGAUUCAAGAAAUCCCUCUUCAGCCAGCAGAGUAACCCUUGCAAUUUGAAAUCUGAAAUUAAAAAGUUAUCUCAGGGAUCUCCAGAACCAAUCGAGCCCAACUUUUUCACAGUGGAUUACCAUUUAUUACGUCAUUCAUCAAGUGGAAACAGCCUGUCCCCAGAUGACCCAACAGGUCUGUGCACCAGCUUUGAUUUGGAGGAGGGAAUAACGUAUGAACAGAUGCAGACUGUGAUUGAAGAAGUCCUAGAAGAAAGUGGCUAUUACAACUUUAAAUCUAACAGAUAUCACUCCUAUCCAUGGGGGACCAAGAAUCACCCAACCAAAAGAUGAAAACCCUGCAUUUUGAACAGACUUGGUUUUCCUAGUGAAGCUCAGGUUCUGGACUUCAGCUCAACCAGAUGCCCAGGGAUUGGGAGAUGCUGAAAGGGUGUGGAAAAGAAAAGACCGAGAUGCCAUGGCACCUGGAAGGCCUCUUUCUGGAGGUCCUGUGCUAGGUUACGUGGCCGCAGCAGUGUGGGAAGGCUCUGCUCCUCGCAUCCAACAGGCACGAGAGGACAGGGCUCUCGGCGUGCUGCUGGGAGAAAAUGCUGCAAAAUUCAUCUGUGGGAAGAAAACUCGCUCCUCACAGAACUUUUCCUCCACGUUAAAAAACAAGAGAAAACAAAACAAACACACAAAAAGUCAUAUUUUUCAACGGGAUAUUUUAUAUUUAGAGUUGCCGAAACUACGUUUAAAGGCAUCUAGCCUUCCGUGUAUAAAAACAGUUUUAGAGAGGGAAAAUUACAGGCCCCAGAGUAAUAAUAUAUUGGGUGAUUCACUGUAUUCCCCCAUUGUUUUUUAUUUUAAAAGAAAUUCAAAAUAAGUGAUUGAAUUUUAUUGUUGUUUUUGUUGUUGUUGUUUUAAGGAAAGGAUUGGUUCUCUCUUAACCACUUGGGUGCUAGUGGCCUAAAGACGGUAGACAGUAUUUGUAACCUUGCACAGCCUCUGGGACUAACUGUCAAAUUGUCAGAUGUAAGCUACACUAAUAGAAUAUGUUGCUGUACAAUGUCUAUAUACAUCUAGAAGGGGGAAGGAAGGAGAGGUUUUGAUUAGGCUAAUGCUUUGCUGCUAAUCAAACUUAUAGUGUUUUUAGAGCACUUUGAAGACUUCAUGGAAUCUAUGAAAGAGAUGCAAUAUUCCUUAUUCUAAUUCCCUUCUUACUAAAAUUAGCCCCAUUGUUUUAUAGUGUUUAUUAUUUGAGAAUUUGAAAUGAAAAUAAGCUAUAUAACGAAAUAUAAGUCCCUUCUUUAUUCACCGAGACAUCCCUAAAAACAUAAGAAAUCAGAACACCAAAUAGUGUUUCGUUCCUUUGUAGGGAGACUUGACGAUGAAAAUUCUCUAGAUUCUUAUUGGGCUAAAAUCUCUUCAACUGGCUUCUGUUCACUGGUGGAUCACCAAGACGUGCCCUUAUUGCCAAGUCAGACUGCACUUCUAACUGCUUAACGGGCAUUCUAAUUCUAUAUAAUUAGUCAUCUGGAAGCUGGAAUUCUGCUUUUUAUUUACUUCUCACUGAGUUCUGGUAUCUUUAUUUACACUGAUAUAUUUUUAGCAUCAUUGAACAGGAUUUAGUUCAACAUAUUUUACAGUGACUGAAACCUAAGAACCUUUUGUAUAGUAUGGAAAAUCUCGUAAUGUGAAUCCGUACUAUUUUUACAAUUUGUACAUCCAAAACUUAAAAGAUAUCCAAAUGUCCUUUAACUAAUGCCUUUGAAAAUUGCCAACGAAUCUUUGUCUUUAAGCCAAAUUAAUGAUUACAAAUACACUGUAAUUUUAAAUAACAGAUGCAAUUACAGUAAUGAAAAAUGUCAGUUUCAGCCUUCAAACCAAUUCCAUCCAUAUGUGAAAUUUAUGUGUAAAAUUAAAAUGCUAUGAUUUUGUUGACUUACCCAGGUAAAAUUUUAUUUCCAUCCCAACUGAAUUUGAACUUGCACUAUUAUUUUUUAUAUCUGUUCCUGUAUGGAAUGGGCACGUUUCCUCACUGUGUAGGAGGCACAGGCCCACAGGGGCAUAAAUUGUAAUUGUGAUAGAAGCCAACACCUGGAAAGAAACCAAGCUGUGGGUGAAAGUUUGAACAAUAAAGUUCUUUCUCAAAUGAUAA